UAGCGCGCUAAUAAUCAAAUGGAAAAUGAGGGUGGAGCAAAUUAAGUCGAUGAUUCACUGCUAUUCAAACGUGCCCCCACCCUUUUCCUUAGCAAUGGAACAGCAAAAAGAAUCAGACGGGUUAGGAGGAAUGAGGUCGAAAAGAGGACCUCAUCUACAAGCACAUUGGUCAACAUUUCGGCGGGGGAGCUGGAACUUACGGGUCUAUCUGGAUUUCCUAGGCACAAACAAAGAGCUACUACGGGUAUUAAUAUUCAGGUCAGACCGCUCUCGUAUGUAUGUGAGGAUUGAAAGGUUUCUAUAUUUAUAGCGGAGUAUUUAAAGGAAAUUUCGGAAUCAAAAUGAGGCAGAGUGGAUGGAGGUGAUGAGGGGAGACGGGUCUGAUUGUCCAACUUCCUCACCAACAUGCAUCCUAAAUUGAAGAACUUCAUGCGAACAGAAGCGAUGGAGUGUGAGGUCGCAACGAGCCAAGCACCAACCUCCGAUGCUGCAGUCAAUGCCAUAGAGAACGCAUCAGAACCACAGGAGAUGGCAGCAACAGUUGCUGCAACACCGAGCGACCUCGGUCAAGGCGCAACUCAGGCGAGGCUUCCCGAAGAGUCGCCAUGUCCUAUCCGGGAGGCGGAAGACUCGAAAGAGACGCAAGCAGCUGUUCAGAAGCUGAGACGGAUGCGAAGCCGGAACUCCAAGAAGAGCUGCGAGGGCAGUCAUCCAAGCAACGAGGAUUGCGAUACAGACGAUGAGCACCAGUGGUGCAGCGAGGGUAUCGCUGUGUUCCUGUCACCGGAAGAUAAGGGUGAGAAGAAUGGGAAGGUUGAGGAGGGUGAGAGCAUGGAGGUUGACCUGUCAAGGAAGACAGAGUCACACCCGAACAGUCCAACCGAACAAGAACAGAGUAGAUCCAUGAUGGCUUGCUUUAGACCAAAGCCAAAGAACUGCUCCGCUCCAAGCCAGCUCUAUCCUUUCAGUGCAGCAACGGAUCAAGGUAGCCAGACACCAGUUGCAUCAGGUGUGCCUUCGACGAUAUCCCUGUCAGCGGUUAAGCCAUUACUGCCUGUCACGCUAGCUUCAAAAUCAGUCCCUCCCCCAUCCAUUCCUCACACCUUUACACCAACCAAUGAUGUAGAUAUGGACACGGGUGAAUCUACCGCUGUGUCGCAGGACAAUGAGGACGAUCAGUUGAAGAAGUGUAGACAGUUUGUUAAGUUGGAGGAGCCAGAAAGCGAACAAGACUGUUACGUGAGCUCACAGAGUAUCCCCAAUGGUUGCUUGGUUGGGAACGCUCCUAUUUACGCACACAACCCUUUCACGCUCAUGGGUAAUUUGCCGCUCAUGGUCAAAACGGAGCCUAGCCUUUCCCCGUCCUCCAUAACACAUCCACGAAACAGCCCCCUCACGGGCCAGUCAUUCAUCGCAAGGGCGUCCGGUCGUAGCAAUGGACUAUUUGAUUUCCCCAGCCCCAUCGCUAGCCUACCACCAAUAAAAGCCUUGCACUGUAUGCACCUAGAGGAUUUGAUAAGGAUGAAUUAUAUGCCUUUGAGCGCCCUUAAGCCGGACCAGAAUCAACACGUCAUAUCGCUUCAUGGACACAGAGCCAACUCAUUCUUCCAGAAACCAGAGUCAAAGACACCCUCUGUAGGGGGUAACGCCGCAAAAAUGUUCACAUGCCAGCAGUGCGGCGCCACGUUCAAACACCGCCAUCACGUGGUCCGUCAUAUGCGAGCGCACACGGGGGAGAAGCCAUUCCGGUGCGAGGAGUGUGGGGCCAUGUUUGCGCGCAAGUGCAUCCUGACCAACCACAUCCGGACGCACACGGGCGAGAAGCCGUACGUCUGCGGGGAGUGCGGCGACGCCUUCAGUCGGAAGCAUCACCUGGUCAUCCACAGGCGAACGCACACCGGGGAGAAACCCUACGUGUGUUCCAUCUGCGCCACGGCCUUUGCCCGCUCGCACCACCUCAACCGCCAUCUGAAGACGCACAUCCUGAUGCAGCAGGGCCACUUGAACGGGAUGGCUCUCCAUCCCGACCAUGCCAUCGAUCUCUCCCUCCAGGACAAACUGCCGGAGCAUGCAGAGGCCGUCGAUUUAAGCAUCCAGAAAGCUUUCAUGUCGUACAACCUACCCACGACUCAGGUUCUUGAAACAGUCACUGACUGCCCCCCUCGUGUGGACCAAAAAGAAGCAGUUAAAUCCUAGAAAUACUGUCAAUUCAAAACCGUGAAAGUGCUUUCAGGAGUAAUUCAAGUUGUUCAUAUGUCGGUGCUUUCCCACUGGUUCCACUGGUUAUGUUUCUUGUUCAAAAUACGCAAGGUAAGUUUGCACGAAUCAUACGUGUAUGAAUGUUCGACAUUUAAAUCUAUGCUGAUAGUGCUCUUAGCCUCUUGUGUAUUGGGCUAGGAAUGGUAUGGGACAGGUUGUAAUAGCCGCAGUGGGAAAGUAGUUGUCUAUUCUCGCAUUCCAUAUAAAAACAAUUAAAACUCAUUUAACAUAUUGUCAAACCUGUCAUAGAUAGUUGCCAUGCAUAUUGCCUCCCUCGAUCUAGAAGGAAACAUGUAUUGAAAAACCUGUCUAGAAAGGCCACCUGUAUGAAGUGGCCUCUUAAUAGACAGGUUGGACUAUCAUACAUUGAAGCACCAUUUUAUACACAAAAGCAAUGUACAGGUUUUAGCACAAUUCACUGCCUUUUAAUAGUAGUGUUGGCCGUGUAGGCAUGCUUGAAAAUAUCCAGUUUGUUUCCCAAUUGUCCUUUUUGCUUGAAAGUCAUUUUCAUUGCAAGGACUAUAAUAGUACACAAACAUAGUGUUUGAAAUUUAUAUCAUUUUGAUAUUGAAUCCUUCUUGUAUAUGGGGUGCGAGUUUAGACAGACAUUUUGAUAAGCUUUGGUAGGUGUAAAAUACUGUAUUAUGCAAAGUUAUUUAUUUUUAUUUAUUGAAAUGUAACAAUGCCACUGUUUGCUACUCUGUAACACAACUGCAAAAUACAGUGAUAUUUUUAUUUCAUUGAAAACAAAAGAAUGUUGUAUGACUCUUGAAGAAGUUUCUUUGUUAUUAUUGUAUUGUUGAUCAAUACAUUCAGGUACAAAUUUAAAUGUGAGAAAAAUAUACUAUCAGUGACUAAAUACGUGCAAUGGGUACAAAAUUAUUGGUUUAUCGGUUCAAGUAGUGUGUUUUGUACUGUGCAUUACAUGUAAAUGUAAUGAAUUAUUCUUGUCAGAAAUGGGUUUAAAAGAAAAAGACUAAUGCAUGCUCAUCCCACCUCUCAUGAGUAGGAAGGGGAGUGUACUGUAGUCUGUGUUUGCAGGCACCAUUCUGGCCUUGACGUACAGGAAAGAUAGCAUUUACAAUAUAACCAUUCAUUUUUCAUUUUUCCAUAGAUUUAUAGAAAUCAAGUAUAAAAUGAAUGAAAAGAUGGAAAUAUAAUGUCACAUGGGUAUAUAUGACAUGAGAGAAGUAUAGAAAAGCUAUGUAACAGUUCAAGGAGAUUGAAUCGCCUUUUGCAUUAUCAUGUACAUUGUACCGGUAUGACAAAAAUGAUUUGAAAAAGAAGAUAUUUGACAAGCUGAAAUGUUAUAGAAAGGGCAUCAGUUACUUGGUAUGUCAUUGCAGUUUGCAAUUAUGGGUUAUAAUCAGUUCUAAAUGCAGUAUGCUGUACUUUUCUAUAGGAAAAAAUUGCAUUUCUCUUUCGUAUUCGAAACCUUUGUAUGAUCCAGAGAUUCUACAAGUGGAUGUUUGAAUGAAGAGUUUCAGUUUAGACGUGAAUCACAGAAAUUAUGUCUUUAAAUUGAUAUUGCAGUAAACCGAAGAGGAUAUUGGUAUAUUUGUAUUUGUCAUGAAAUGUAGGUGCAUGGUAUAUAGAUAUGAUUUAUAUUUACCGAACAAUCUAUAAUGUUAUAUACGUGUAUACCCUUUCCUUUGGCAUUAUCGAAUACAAUACUGUUUAGUACUUUUUUUCCAUCCAUUAGGUACAUUUUUUUAUUUAUUGAUUUUCUUUGGUAAAAGCUUUUUUUUUCCUUCAAAAAGAUAAAGUAGUACUUCAAGAAGUGAAUGUUUAUUCAAGGAGUUAUUGAUUCAAAUGUUUAAUCGUGUUUUGUGCAGGUAUGUCUUUCGUGUUUAACUUGCCUUUGAAAUAUUACAGAGAGAUAUUGAGAUGAUUUAUUAUUAUUCAAUAGUGUUGUAUUUAUGCCAUGUCUAAGACAAAAUAGUGUGUUCAAUUUCUAAUUUAUUUGUCAGGUAAUCUUGUCUCGUUUGUUGAGUCUGUCAAAACUCCUUUGUUUAUAUGUAUUGGUGAUAUGCAAGCGAUUGUAAGUGAUCAUUGGUUUCUCAGAUGAAAUCAUUGUUUGUAACAAUGUUUUGGGGCAGGUAUUGCGAAACGAGGAAAAGGAUGUAUGCUUUAAUUUGGUGAUGUGGAACUUGUGACCAGGCUAAUGUGAAAUUCACUUUAAAAGCAGGAAAUAAUGCAAGACUCCAUGGGCAAAUACUGUAUCAACAGCUUUAGAAACAAAUUGAGCCAUGACAUAUGAUUUGUAUCCCCUUGGCUUUUUUGUCUUCAUUUCUUCCUAUUCAUGUAUUGAAUGUUGCUCAUAUGAAGACCAUAUGUUUUUCAAGACACCCUCAAUAGUAUCUUGUCACUUAGUUUUCAAAGAAAAGGCAUUCACAAAUUAAUAUGUUAAAAUUCAUACUAAUGUUAAUUCAAUUUUUCUAAUUUUCUAAUUUGCCCUGCAAGUUAUUGCAACAAACAAAUAGUGUUUGAUUUUUUUUUGAAUGCCAAAUAUGUCAAUUUUGAGGAUUAAUUUGUGUGCAAUUGAUAAUCACUGCCAAUCAUUUGCUGUAUGUUAAUGAAUAAUAGAUUA